AAGUUUCCAUAAUACGCCUCCACAAAACCUUCAAAUUAGCAGUAGGAGGUAAUGGAUUCCACCGCCAUCCCCUCAGACCUCAAAGCCCGCCUCAAAUUCUCGUACGACGCCAUCACCACCCAAUACAAUACGCAGUUCGUCACAGAGCACGACCCUAUCCGCCUCGACUACCUAUCCCGUCUGCUCUCCCUCCUCAGCUCUACCAACAAAGAAAUUGCCUCCGUUCAAGAGCUCGGCUGCGGUGCGGGCAUCCCGGGAACCAGAACUCUCCCUGAGCACGCAAAGCCAAAUAUUCACGUCACGGCAAACAACCUAUCAUCCACACAGGUCGCCCUUGCUCGCGAAAAUCUGCUUUCUUAUGCAUCGAAACUAACUCUUGUUGAGGGCGACAUGAUGACCCUCUCCUUCCCUUCCUCCUGCCUUGACGCUGUCAUCGGCUUUUACUCUAUCAUCCAUCUCCCUCGUGCCGAGCAGACGGAGCUCGUAAAGCGGAUAGGCAACUAG